CCGCGGCGGCUUCUGCAAUCACAAUUAGGCACGUGCGUCGAUGUACACAACGCAGUGUAGUUCACUAGGUGUAUCGCGGACUUUUUCUAAUUUUAUACCACAAGAUUUCACGGUGAUCCUUUUUCUUCACGGGAUGUGAGCAAGCCAGAGGAGGCGGGGCCAGGCGAGGCGAGGCGGGGCAAGCGCACAUCCUGCCGGCAUAGCAGCAGUUCGUCUCUCUUUCUUUUCAUUCUCGAGGUGUUUUCUUUCCGUUCGGACGUCCCUGUGAGGGGAAGAUGUCGGCGCCGCCGAGGAGUAACCCCGCGGGUCCCGACGCCACGGAGCUCCCGGCCGAGCUCGUUUCCAGGCUGCGGCGGGCCCGCGACAUGAGGGAUGAGGAUAAGCUGUACCGGCACCGGGGCGUCCUCUACCCCCUCCUCAUGUGCCCACGGGAGCACCUGAGCGCCCUGGAGGGCGUGACGGCCAGGGAGGACGACAUCCUGUUGGCGGCUUAUCCCAAAUGCGGUUUCAACUGGAUGGUGGGCUUGCUGAAGAAGAUCCUCACGCAGGCCACGGGGAGGAACAUCGAGACCAACGACCCGCCGCUCGUCGAGUUCUUCGGACCGGAUGUCGCUGAGGUGAUGGACGGAAUGGCCUCUCCCAGGUUGCUGGGCACCCACAUGCACCCCGACAACAUUCCGCCGUCCUUCUACGCCAAGAAGACGAAAAUGCUGGUGAUCUUCCGGAACCCCAAAGACACCCUGGUCUCCUACUACCACUUCUGCAACGGAAACCCCGUUCUGCCCUCUGCGGCUUCCUGGGACGCUUUCUAUGAGGACUUCCUGUCUGGAGAGGUUGGGUGGGGGUCGUACUUCGAGCACGCGAUGGCAUGGGAGAAGAAGAUGGACGACCCCGACGUGAUGAUUGUCACCUACGAGCAACUCAAACAAGACCUGGACGACGGCGUCCGCCGCAUUUCGUCCUUUUUGGCCGCGGAGCUGACCGACGAUCAAGUGCGGCUGGUGUCCGACGGAAGCACCUUCGCCGCCAUGAAGGAGAACUCGCAGGCGUCGCACGGGAUGAUGGGAAAUGUCUUCUUCCGGAAAGGUGAGGUCGGAGACUGGAGGAACCACUUCAGCGAGGAGCAGAGCCUCAGGAUGGACCAGAUGUUCGGACAACAUCUGGCCGGGACCCGACUGGGCCGCCUGCUGGACUACGAGCUCCACUGCCGCUGUGACGCCGAGGAAGCGAGUCGCUGA